AUGGUCCUCGACCUCAUCGCCAUAGGUGUAGGUGUCUACCUCGUCAUCAGGCACAAAAAGAACAAGAAAGCUCGUGACGCCGCCUACGCCGCCGGCCAGCCCAUCUACAACCGCGACGGUAGCAUCACCUACCCGCCCAGUUACAGCGGCUGUCCUACACACGGAGGCGAGGGCGUCGGGGCCCGUCAAAACCCGCCACCCAAUGCAAAUGGGUACCAUGAUGAGAAGAGGCAGGUGCCGAACGUGACGGUGAAUGAGACGACGGGGUAUGGCGAGGCGCCGAGAUAUAUGGAGACUGAGAGCGAGACGUACAAAGGGCCAAGGCAGGAGACUAGGGAGGUGAUGAGCGAGAAGGAGGAGUAUGUGAAGGUUUGA